CUUGCAAAGUGAGUUGUGGCCUGGAUCUUGGAGGGGACAGAUGUGGUGGCAUCAGACAUGCCUUUGAGCUGGGUCACGCUGGGUUUCCUCUGCACCGCCUCCUUCAGUGUACCUCUUGAGCUGUGAGAAGCUGUGGGAGAAGCCGGAGGAAGGCUACUCCAGGCCCUGUCCUUGGAAAUGCCAGAUCUUUGUCCAGAUGUGGCCCAGUUCCUUCUGCGUGUCUCUCCCGAGGAAGUACGGCUGCGUCAUGUCCGAGAUGGCAAAGAACUGGACCAUCCAUGGAUUAUGGCCCAGCGACGUUCAGGAAUGCUGUCCCUACUGGCGUCUCUUCCCUUCCGACCUGACGAGCCUGGUGCCCGAAUUGAACCGUCAUUGGCCAACUUUCACCAAUCUCAGUAACUUCCAGUUUUGGGAGAAAGAAUGGGGAAAACACGGAACAUGCGGUGGUUGCAUUGAAACCUUGAAUAGCCCGAAGAAAUUCUUUGGGGCUGCCCUCUUCCUGCGCACCAAAUACAACAUUGACAGGGCUUUUGAAAAAGCCGAGAUUAUUCCCUCCUGCAGGCAGAGUUACCAGCUCAGGACCUUCGUGGGAGCCCUGGAGUCCCUGCUGGGACGCCAGUUCCAGCUGCAGUGCGUGACGGACAGGCAGGGGCGGCAGCUGCUGGUUCAAAUCCAGGUUUCCCUCUUCAGCAACUUCUCCACGGGCUGCGUGGCAGAGCCCCCCGCGGGCAUCUCCCCUUACCAUCCCUGCAGGCCCCAGAGCGGGAUCUUAUACGUAUCCCCCAAUCAGAAGGACCCCCGGCACCCCUGCCCCUGAUGACCCGCUGGAGGCGAGAGAGAGAGAGACCGCAAGAAAACCCAUCGUCCUCAGCCGGGGUAUUUCCAGCAGGGGUCUCCGCAGGCGGCCAACCAUUAAUUCCUUCUCCCUCCAACCAGUUUUGGAAGAUUUGAAUCCUCUCUGUGGAGACCCUCACUACUAAACCCACUUGCCACCAGCGGCCGGCUAGAAUAACAGGCUCAAAGGAAAUUCUUGAAAAUGCUAGAUGUGGUCUUGACUUACGACCACAGCUGAGCUCAAACUUUCCGUUGAUAAGCGGAAUCGGAAUAUGCUUGGCGUAAGGGAGCAGCCGGGCGAUGUAGCUGCCCAGGUGGGAAAACUGCCAAUCUCCCUUUGCUGAUUCUUUUGGGUUUUUUAAAAUACUUUAUUGUAUUUAAACAUGGAAAAAGAGAGGAAAUCAUCCAAUCCUGAAGCUUGUGGCAAAGGAGAGCUUGCUUAGCAGAGGAAAAUGA